AUGAACAAGGUUUUCUUGGUUUCUCUAACGGUAAUAAUAACUCACAUUUUCUUGUUAGCCACGGCACAAGAGCCCUCCGGAGCGCCAUUGAAGGUUAAACACGAGAGACAAGUUCACCAAAGUUAUCACAAGAUUGAAGAAAGUGAAAUAGCAGAGGGUCCGGAUAUUAGAAGAAUGGGAAAACAUCAUUCUCAUUCAUCGGAUAUGGCUGGUGGAGGUGCGAUCGUAGGUGGUUUGGUUACGGCAACUUUUGCUGUUGUUUUUUGUUACCUUCGUGUUACAAGCAAAAAGGACGGCGGUGAUGGAGUUGUUGAUCCUUUGUAUAAGUGA